CGGCAACGACGACGAAGAAGAAGCAACAGGAGCCGGAAAUGCAAAAGCAGCCUUAUACGGAAAAUAAACCAGCGGCCGAGUUACUUUUCGAACAAAAACUGGCGUUUUGGACGUCAACUUUUCUUCAAUUCAGCUGACAAGAUGUUUAACAGACAAACGAGUCUCUGGAUGGGUGAUUUGGACCCAUACAUGGAUGAGAACUUCGUCAAACAGGCCUUUAGUGCUAUGGGCGAAGCACCGCUUGGAGUCAAAAUAAUCACUCACAAGAUAACAGGGGGUUCUGCGGGAUACUGCUUUGUGGAGCUGGCAGACGAAGCAAGCGUCGACCGCUGCGUUCAAAGACUAAACGGAAAAUUGGUUCCUGGCUCAAACCCGCCUCGAAAGUUUAAGCUAAACUUUGCCACCUAUGGGAAACGACAAGAGGCGGGGCCGGAGUUCUCCGUCUUUGUGGGCGACUUGUCCUCCGAGGUGGACGACAGCCAGCUCCACCAAGUCUUUAAGAGCUUCCCCUCCUGCAAGGGGGCCAAAGUCGUCACCGACCAAUGUGGCUACUCCAGAGGUUACGGCUUUGUCAAGUUUGGAGAUGAGAAUGAGCAGAAGAAGGCAAUCGAGGAAUGCCAGGGCACCAUGCUCGGGGGAAAGGCCCUCCGACUCAGUCUUGCCGUGGCAAAGGCCCAGAAGACGAGCACCUGGGUGGGCCCCAGUGCCAAUUACCCGGCCACCUACAGUCAGCCGCCAUCCAGUUAUUAUGGGAACCCCAACGGCGCGGGGCAAGGUUACUACUCUCAGUGGGGCAGCUACGAUCAGUACGGCAGCUAUAACAGCGGCGCCUACGGCGGCUACAACGGCGGCUACAACUACAACUACGGCCCCUACGGAUACCCGCCGCCCAGCCACGCGGCGCCGCCGCCGCCACCCGCGGGCUUUCCGCCUCCGACUUCCGACGCCACCGGAAAUGCGCCGCAGAGUCAAGAAGAGACGGCCGGCGGCGAGGACAACGCGGAAGUGCCCUUCCAAGAGUGCGACGUGGAGCAGUGGAACGCGGAUUUGAUGCAGCGCAGCGAGGAGCUCUUCGAUGCCUUGAUGGACUGUCACUGGGAGCCACUGGAUUCUUUUGACUCUGCCGUCCCGUUACUCUCCUAAUCCAUUUGAAUCGGGCCUUGAUUUCCGCCGCUCAUUCGACCCCCCGGGACCGCCGCACGUGUCUUUGCCCGCCUGUCCAAACGCCGACCCGCCGCAUCGAGCUCCCGAGCGUCGUCCUGAAAAGAUGCGAGUACGCUAUGUGUUGAUCGUUUAACCUUGUUGGUGAGAUCCGGUCUCACGAGGAGGAGUGAGGUGACGUGAGCCCCUCGUGCCGCCGUGUGCGCCAAAGUACGCGGGGGUCACCUUGCCGGAUGUUCACAUUGGCCGGAGCGGCGCAUCCGAGUUGGGUCGAGGCUCACUGCAGAAAACGGUACAAAUGAUGCCAUCGAUUCUUGGGACGCUCACUCCGGGAAGGCGCUCGUUUUGUUUGGGCACACGUGGGAUUCUUCUUUCUUCAGGCAGGUUUUUGCGAAGGACCCCUUAAUGAGGUCGCGAUUGAACUUCGGGGAAGCUUGACGAAUGGUAUGUUUUUGUUUUUUGUGCUUUUUAAACUAACCUUGUCGUAUGAACGCCUUGACCGUCGGCGUAUUAAUACUUGAUGGCGUUGCCGUUUUCUGCCUCAAAGGAUGGAUGUCACAGCUGCAUCCUGAACUGUUGAUUGGGAUGAGGCUUUUUUUGGGUGUAGAAUACCGUAGAUAUUUUAUCUUUUCUGAAACCGUUUGGUCAAUAAAACUUGCAAUAGGGU